ACAUUUGUGACGAAAAAUCCACCAUUCCUCCGGGAGGGUCUCAGUAUGCAGAGCCUAUUAGUGCUAUAUAUAUCGAUAGUAUCGGGAGGAGUUAACUUACCCAGCUCUACUUUGUCUUUGAGGCUCUCCAUAUUUUAGAGUAUUUUACUUUAGUGGAGUACACUUAUUAUUUCUUUAUAAAUAUAACUAAAAGUGGAAUGUGAGAAAAUCUUCUUGGAUGCUAUAUAUAAAAUUGGAAUAUCACUAUACAAAGUUAAUUGAAUUUUUCCCUGUGGCUUUGUUAACACAAUACAACACUCCAAUUUUAAUGAAAUGGAAAGCACAAGCGCCACAGGUCGACGACGUAACAAUACACGAGUGAAUGCAGAGGACAACGCGCUAGAUCAAAUCACAAAAGAGGCCGAAGCGCGCCUUGCCGCACGCCGCCAAGCCCGUGCUGAAGCUCGCGAGAUACGUAUGAGAGAGCUUGAACGCCAACAAAAAGAACAGGAGCAAAAUGCUGAUCGUGUAUUUGAUAUGCAAAACUCGAGUACCAGUUUCGGCAGUGACUCAAUCUCAGCAAAUCCUGCACGUCUCAUUCUUGGCGGACUAUUAAAUAUUACUCGAGCCACGGCAUCCCGACGCAGUAGUGAAGAUUCUUUGGAGGAUGAAGGUAGAAGCUUACGUGACUUCAAAUAUGAGCUUAAAGAUGUCGAAGAACGUUUUCGGAAAGCUAUGAUAACGAAUGCACAGCUUGACAAUGAUCGUGCAUCACAAACGUACGAAGUAAAAUUGCUUAAGGACAAAUGUGAAACUAUGCAAGAGGCAUUCGCACAGCUGCAGCGCGAGUUUAAAGAGAAGACGCGUGACUGCAACGCUAUUAAGCGAAACUUAGACCGUACCACUCUUGAGCUUAAAUUAGUUCAAGGUCAGCUUAGCGAGCGAGAUUCAUUGAUUGCAGAACAGGGCCUUCUGAUUGUUGCAAUUGAAAAUGCUGAUGGCAGUGAUGCCAAGCGAGCUCUAGUCAGUGUUGAAAAUGCUAAUGUGUUGGCAUCCGUUCAGGGUUCUUUAGAUGUAAGAAUACAAAAAUUUUGCGAUGAAAAACAACUAUUACUAUCUGAAGUGCAGAAGCUGCAAAAAAUGAUUAAAGAGUAUAAAAGCGAAGGAAUUGUAAGGCGUGGCAGUUCGUCACCGUGUCCCUUUGGUAAAGACAACGAUUAUGAGGCUCAAAGGGAAGCAAACAAAAUCAUAUCAGACUAUAAGUAUAAGUUACAAAAGGCUGAACAAGAAAUGGCUAAUCUACAAUCGAGCUUAGCACGUUCAGAGACGCAAGUUAUUCGAUAUAAAAGCACCGCAGAAGCCGCUGAGAAGUCGGAAUCAGAAUUAAAAGUGGAACGCCGUAAGCUACAACGUGAGAUUCGACCACGCCAUCACCCCCCUUCCCCAGCAUGAUAUAGCCAGCACCUCAGAUUUGUUUAACACAGAGCUCGAAAUUAAAGCUAGAGCUUUUAAAUUUUGUACAUAUACUUGUAUACUUGUACUUGUUCUUGCAACACACCACCCCUCACCACCCUCAAGGACCACCCACCACCCUCCACCGCUAUAGUCCAGAAAUUGUUUUUUUUUUGCAUAAAAUCGGAAAUUUAAAUUACAUACUUCAAAUUUAUUACAUUUUGUUGUUAAGUCAUUAUAUUUAAUAUCUUAUUUAAAAUUAUCUAUAUUUAUAUUUAAACUAUGGAAAUGUAUUACACACUAAUUUUUUUCUUAAA